AUGGCAGAUACUGUCGUUCGGCUGAUACCGCCUUUGCUGGGCGGGCUGGGAGUGGCUGGAGGAGGAGGCGGAGCCGCCGGCGACGGGGCCGUCGUCGGUCUGGAGCAAGUCGGCUGGGAGUCGUCGGUCUGGAGCAAGUCGGCUGGGAGUCGCUGGAGGAGGAGGAGGAGCCGCCGCGGGCUGGGAGUGGCUGGAGGAGGAGGCGGAGCCGCCGGCGACGGGGCCGUCGUCGGUCUGGAGCAAGUCGGCUGGGAGUCGCUGGAGGAGGAGGAGGAGCCGCCGGCGACGGAGCCGUCGUCGGUGUGGAGCAAGUUGGCUGGGAGUGGCUGGAGGAGGAGGAGGAUGGAACACAUCGACCAGACCAUCUUGGCUGUUGAUAAGCUCCUCGCCCAUCACGACGCGGCCAUCCAUCAAGAGGUGGUCAUCCAAAACGGGUCAGUUGAUUGCGGGAUGAAGCGGGUCGAACAAGCGGACCCAGUCGCCGAGUUUGAGGAGAAAGUUUUGAAGCGCACGGUGGCGAGUUUAGUGAUUUUGUUGGAGGAGGAGCGAGGCCCGAUGGUGGUGGUGGAGGAGGAGGAAGAAGAUGGAUUGAGGAACACGUUCAAGAUCUCUGCCCGUCGUUUGGCGCUUCUAGAUUCCUCUUCAAUCUCUCGGAUUAAGAAGGCUCGUCGACAGAUCGAGGGCGAGAGGGCGACCUUGCGGGGCGAUGUCGAGAGUUGUGGAGGUGGCGGAAAGUAG